GUGAGUGAUAGACGGCAGAAAAUGAAAUGAUCAGCAUUGCUCCCCAACUUGCACUCAAGAUCAACAAAGAUGCGAACGUUCGCGCUUGAAGUGAUUCUGCUACCGUGGACUCUGCUGACACCAUGCCUGUGGUCAUUUGGUUCGGGCCAGAUCCUGCAACCAGCAGUCAGCAUCCUCUACCCGCAGCUCCUCAGUACACAGUUUAUUCAAUGCAAAUGCGUCAAUAUCGCCUGCGAGUCAGUCUUCUGGUUCCGCACUAUUUUCAACCAAAAUAAAGUUCAGUUUCUGGGCAGGUCAAACAAUGCCAAUCGUGUAGUUUACGGAAACAGUACGGAAGUUAGUCGCUUCCAAUUGACAAAAAAGAACAGUGAGGCCUUCAUACUGCAAAUCAUCAAUGUGACAGAAGAGGACACCGGAAUAUAUUCUUGUAUUUUAAAGGACAGGAAAAAUGAAGAACUAUGGCAGCCUGGCUUUCUUCUUCUCCCUGGAGUCAAUCUUUAUGUAACAGAACGGCUCCCGACUAAACCACCUGAAUCAACACUCCAACUUAACUGUAGCUGCACUGACACUUUAGCAGGUGAUUGUGACUCACUCGUCUUGUGGUCAUUGGGUGGACUUGCCACAGUCCUGGUGACAACACUCGUCUGCAGCCUGUACUACUUCAGCCGACUUCCCAAAAAAUGUCAGCACCAUUUUGUGAAGUAA